UUGCUACUCACAAAGAGCAAUACAGGUUAUUCACUUCCUUUUGUUCACAUUGAAAUGGCAACACAACCUGAACUUGAACAUCCAAACAAGGCCUUUGGUUGGGCAGCUAGAGACACAUCUGGUGUUCUCUCCCCUUUCAACUUCUCUAGAAGAGAAACUGGUGAAAAAGAUGUGGCAUUCAAAAUAUUGUAUUGUGGGAUAUGUCACUCAGAUGUCCACAUGGCGAAGAAUGAAUGGGGAAUAUCUACCUAUCCCCUAGUUCCGGGGCAUGAGAUUGUUGGUAUAGUGACAAAGGUGGGAAGCAAAGUAGAAAAGUUCAAUGUUGGAGACAAAGUAGGUGUUGGCUACAUGGUUGAUUCAUGUCGAUCAUGUCAAAAUUGUGUUGACAAUCUUGAAAAUUACUGUCCCACAUUUACUUUCACAUGUGGUGCCAAGUAUCGCGAUGGAACGAGCACAUAUGGAGGUUAUUCUGACUCAUUGGUUGCAGAUGAGAACUUCGUGGUUCACAUUCCUGAUGGAUUACCACUUGAAGCUGCUGCACCUCUCCUUUGUGCUGGGAUCACUGUGUACAGUCCUCUUAGAUAUUAUGGACUCGAUAAACCUGGUCUUCGUAUAGGUGUUGUUGGUCUUGGUGGGCUUGGUCACAUGGCUGUGAAAUUUGCCAAAGCAUUUGGUGCGAUUGUAACAGUGAUUAGUACAUCACCCAACAAAGAGAAAGAAGCAAUAGAACACUUAGGAGCCGAUUCAUUUCUGAUAAGUCGUGACCAAGAGAAAAUGCAGUCUGCAUUGGGUACUUUGGAUGGUAUCAUCGAUACAGUUUCAGCAAAUCAUCCUAUCUUACCCCUAAUUGGAUUAUUGAAGUCUCAUGGAAAACUUGUAAUGGUUGGUGUACCUGACAAGCCUUUGGAGAUCCCCGUCUUUCCUUUAAUUUUGGGGAGAAAGCUGGUAGCCGGAAGUAAUAUUGGAGGCAUCAAGGAGACUCAAGAGAUGCUUGACUUUGCUGCUAAACACAGCGUAAAACCUGACAUUGAAGUCGUUCCUGUGGAUUAUGUUAACACAGCAAUUGAGCGACUCCUCAAAGCAGAUGUCAAAUAUCGAUUUGUGCUCGAUAUCGGAAACACUUUGAAACCAAGUUCUUAAAUUUUCGUGUUUAUGACUACUUCGUUUUGUAAUAAACUUGUGAGGUGUUGUG